GCGCAGCGGCGGCCCCGUGGCGGGAGGAUGCGGGCGGCGCCCGGGGUGCAGCCGGACCGGCCCUUCAAGCUCAGGAAGAGCCUCGCCACCCGGCGGGAAGAAGUAGCAGGGAUCCGAGCCAAGUUCCCGACGAAAAUCCCGGUAAUUGUUGAGAGAUACCAUAAAGAGAAAUACCUUCCUCUCUUGGACAAAACCAAGUUUCUGGUUCCCGAGGAGCUGACCAUGGCACAGUUCAUAACCAUCAUCAGAAGCAGGAUGGCUCUAACAGCUACACAAGCUUUCUACCUGCUGGUGAACAACAAAAGCCUAGCCAGUAUGUCCUUGACAAUGGCAGAAGUGUACAGGGACUACAAAGAUGAAGAUGGCUUUGUGUAUAUGACCUAUGCUUCCCAGGAGAUGUUUGGAUGCUUAUUACCCACUGCCCAAGGGAAAACUAUGGAAUGCUUUCAGAAAACUUAAGAUUGGGUUAAUAUGCUGCAGCAAAGCAGUUUGCUCUGAAUCAUGCCUGUGACAUGAGCCUCGGAGAUGCUCCUUCCAAUGUGAGCUCUUGAGCUCUGUAGUGGGAGUUAUGACCCAAAAGCUGGCAGGACCAGCUUAAGACAGAAAUGGUGGUACACUUUCCCUAGGUAAUAAUUUGGAUAUAUAUUUUUAUAUUUGAAGACACUGUGGGUUGGGUUUUUUUUUCUUUUGAACUGCACCUCCACUGUUUUACAAUAUCAGUCUUUGUUGUGUAACUGAUUUUUUAAGGUUUCCUGAAAGCCUAAGUCUAAGAAUAAAAUAAAGAAUCUUUUAUGUAUUCAGUUGAAUGUUAUUUUUAAUCUGGGGAAAGACUGUAAAAAUUUGUCUAGGAGAAGAGCCUAUAAUAAUUCUGGGAAUUUGAGCUCAAUGCCUUUUAAAUGAAACACUGCUUGCACAGCUACUCUGAUUUUUUGAAUGGAAUAUCAAAGUUUAAGUUGUGUCACCCAUGAGCAAAACCAUAACUAUGAAUGGUUCAUAUUAGACUGUGAAAUUAAAUAGAUGUGCCAGAGCACUGUUAAGUUUAACACCUGAAUAAACUGUCAGCUGUUACAGAAAAUGCUGUCUGUGCAUAGAUAACUAUUUGUUUAAAUAAGCAAAUUGAUUGCUAGUUAGCAUAACUGAAAUGCAGGUAGCAGGACUUGAAGAAUAAUUAAGUUUCAAGGGUUAUUUUCUUGCUGCUGAAAUUUGCUAGCAUGGUUACUCCAGAUACUGUCAUAUCCAUCCCCCACAGGCACCUGCUUGUCAGGUACCCUGAAAGACUUCGAUGAGCCUUCUCUCUAUGACAGAGUCAAGUCAUGUCCCUUGUGAUUAAGAGAUAUUCCAGUGUUUCUGGAAAAUGUUGAAAAUACCAAAAAUACCAUGUAGUAAAAUGUUGAUUCACCUUAAUAUACAGGCUUGGUUCCUGUAAAUGUGUGUGAAAGGAACACUUGACACGAGCUUUAGUCUGAAGUAUUGCUCAAGCUGUCUUCCCCGUAUGUGAGGAAUGUAUUGGAAAGCUGGAAAUGCUCUGAUCAUGCAUGAUCAAAU